AAUGCUAUCAAGUAACCUUCCAAGUUGACAGUUGAGGAGUUAUUGAAAAAAAGGAACCUACAAUGAUUCGUCAUUCACAUUGCAAAAUAAUAACAUCAACAGGUCUGCAGUGGAAAAGCCUGUUUUUCUGUCGAGUUCCACCCAAUUUUUUUGUGCAAACUUUCUUUAACGGACACUUUCUGACGUAGAUAUUGAAUGACGUAGAAACAGAUUUUUUUUUCCGGCAAGUUUGUCAGAGUUCCAGCAUUGGUGUUCUUGGCUUCAACAAGGCACCAUGCCACCACCAAGUAUCUUGAUACAGGCGUUAUGUCUGUUCGGUAUUUUGCUGCCAUGUCUUGCUCAACAAAGUGCAUCAACCAGUAAUGUGACAUUUUCUAACACAACAACAGUCACCAAUUCAAGUGGAGGACAAAUUAUCACAACAAUCACCAACGUUACCUAUAUUAAUUCUACAAGCACUUCAAGCAGCAGCAAUCAAACGUUCAGUUCUAGCCAGAAUUCAAGUUAUGGCAAUCAAACGUUCAGUUCUAGCCAGAAUUCAAGUUACGGCAAUCAGACGUUCAAUGCUAGCCAAAAUUCAAGUUAUGGCAAUGAAACGUUCAUUUAUAGCCAAAAUUCAAGUUAUGGCAAUCAAACGUUCAGUUCUAGCCAGAAUUCAAGUUAUGAAACUCAGUGGAAUUACACUAGGUGGUCAACCUUAUUUUCUUAUGAAAAAGAUGUGACAUGGAGCUACACACAAUGGUACAAGUUAAUUCAAAGUGUAAAUAUUGCUGAAAUGUCAUGGAACUACACAGCCUGGUAUUCUUAUAUGAUGCUGAGCAUGAAAGAAGGUUUUACGUGUAAAGAAAAUUCUAUUGGCCAAGCCACGACUGCAUUUAUCCUCACUUUGUUUGAUGCUUUAUCUAAACAUGUGAACAACCGGACCGACAAUUGCUUGUCUCUAAAAGCUUCUUUCCUUCUGAAUAAAUAUAUUUUACAAAAAUGUAAAGAAGAGGAGUCGCAGCUGGAUACAUGGGAAUCAUCAUCCAGAUCAUCAGUGCUUUAUUACUCUCGUUUUAUGCACAACGAUGAGUUUGUAGCCAUCUACAGAUGCGUCUGCACUGCAACUACAACAGAUUCUAUGCUUCGUAUUGAUUAUGAUGAAGUUCAAACAAGAAGUGCUACAUGUGAGCCAAAUCUCAUUAGAAACUCAAUACUUGCUUUCUUCAAGCUUGGAUUUCAUUGGGAAGAUAUUCGAGUUUGCAAAGAGAUUACCCAAGCAGUCGAAGAGACAUCUCAGAGACUCAGUGCAUGUGAAUGGGAGCUAUCCUCCUCCCUUUCAUUGCUUGUGUCAGUGAUGAAGGAUAUGAAGAGCAUUAUGUGCACACCUCCAUCCUGUAAUGUUGAAUAUGCAUCUUUGUGCCUAGCUAAUGCUGAACUCUUAUGGCAUGCUCAUGAGCAGAACAUGACGCAGAACAUGACCAUAGCUAUCACAAACAUAACAACAACUAGUCUAAAUAACACUGCAAUGGCAAACAGUCGCAUCUCUAUUUGCAGAAACUUAAAACUUGGUAUAGCAUGCGUCACUAACCAUACCAUUGAUUGUCAGCAAAGUAUUUAUUUGAGUAUUAGUUCUCGCUUUGAACAAGUAAACACUAUUUAUAAGCAAAUGUGUCCUGACUUUAUACCUGCUCCAAGAACUUGUCCAACACAACCAGAAAAUGUAAUUCAAGGAAAGUCAAAUAUCUCAAGCAUUGCCAAAAUCAUGAAAUCAAGUUUCCUAUUUAAUAAUUCUGAUGUUUGUCGGUCUGUAAUAGCCAAUAAUGGAAGUCAAGAUCUUUUGGAUACUUUCUGCUAUGGCUCAGCUUGUAGUUGUAAUCUCCCUUUAGCAAGGAGUUUGAUAUUGAAAAAUAUAAGCAGUUGCUCAUUUGACAAACUAAACAUAGUCACCAGUAUCAGAGGAUGUUCAGCUAUGGACAUACAAGCGCUAUUGAAUGAAAGCUCUAUAAAUCAGGCUCUCCUUAAUUGUGCUGAAGUGAAAUAUAUGAUAUUAAGUACACCACAAUGCAGCUCUUAUUGCCCAACAUUUGAGCAGCUAAAACAACAGUGUAAUCAAACAAACAGUAAUUAUUGCAUAUCCCAAGCAAUGGACUGCUUUAGCUAUGCUGCUGUAAGUUGUAGCAAUGCUGAGCGGUCAAAUCUUCUUUAUGGUGUGAUUAGUCUUGUCAGCAAUUCUUGCCAAAACAAGACACUGACAAAGGACAUUCUCAAUGGCUCACUUGUUCCUGUGUUCAACAUUACAUCAGACAUGCUGAUAGUCAAUGAAUGCAUUGAGAAAAUAAAAGAACCAUCUUCAACAUUACUGCAAGAAACCAUAACCUAUGGAUUAGGCUGCUUAAAUGAAGUAGAGAUAAAAGAUGUAAAUCAACUGAAAGUGGAGUCAUUCUUGAAUUAUUUAGAAUCAAAUCUUCUAUCAGAUAUGCACAUAUGUGCAGCAGAUGUGACGUUCAAAGAGCUCAUCUUUAAUAUCACAAAAAGUAUUUUGCAGGGGACAGUUGAUGUUGGUUCAUGUCGCAAAACACAAUCUGUGAUUGACAUGUGGUUCACAAGCUGUGGUUAUGGAGACAGUUCAAAGCAAAAUCUAACUGCAAUAUUCAGCUUAGUGUGUCAUCAAGAAAUUCAACUAACCAACUGUAGCUACAAUGAAGCCUAUUCCUGCUUUUAUAAUCCUAAUGUAAAUCUAACUGGAGAACAAUAUUUCCAAACACUACAGAAAUGCAUCAAUGCUUCAGUUGCAACCUGUAAGGGUCCAUUACCUGUUGAAUACAUAAACCUAGCCAAAAAUAUAACUCUGGCAUUCGGAUAUAAAUUGUCUGCAUUGAACCAAUCAAGCAGUGUCAGCAACUUUACAGGAAGCUGUGGAUGUGAUCCAGCAGCAGCCAUCAACUGCAUCAUGGAUGUACAUCACAUGGCUAAACAGCCAAGUCCUGACUGGGAAAGCUUAUGCCCACUGUUACCUCUCAGCAAAGAUUGUGCCUACAGCUACGUGUCAGAGUGUGAUGAGUGUAAAAGAUCUACAGUAGUAUCUAUUGUUUCCAAGCUGAACAACAGACUAGAGGAGCAGUGUAUUGAACCUCCCGAGACAGUAUGUCCAGAAAGCAGAGCUAUGAAGUGUGUCACUGACUUGGCUAAUUUCCAAACGAGCGCGAAGGUCUCUGACAACAACUCCAUUUGUGUUAAGAUCACAUUGGCACGUGACUGUGUAUAUGAAGAAACUAAAAAUUGUGAUGACAUCACUUCUCUGUCCAUUUCAAAACGUUUGGAACAGGUGAUUAAACAGUGGACCAAUUUGAAGUGUAAUGACACAGAAGACCAGCUCGUCUCAUGUCUCGACAUCUUCCAGAAAAAAGUUUAUUCUAUUGUUGGUUUUGAUGUAAGCCUGAUGGAAAUAAAUGUACAGAACUCUUCCAUUUGGACUCAAGUCUCCAGUUUGUGUGAAGAGCUGCAAGUGUCCUGGUCCUGUGUUAAAGCUUCACUUAACCUGCAAAACAAUAGUACUUCUGGAAAAAUCAUCAAAAAGUCUAUGCAAGCUUUAUAUACAGCAGUUGAUCAGAUCUGUACAGCAAGGAGAGAUACUUUACAAUGCUACUCAUGUCAAGGUGAAGGGGCAAAAACUUGUGCUGAUGUAGCAGAGGUUGAAACAUGCAACAACAAUCAGAUCUGUGAGACAGUGACUGAAGCAGGCCUACCAAAAUCUAGAGGCUGCAAACCUGAACCAGCUUGUAAACCUGGAUGCUUCAAAGAUAAAUGUACCUAUUGUUGCUCCAACAACUUAUGUAAUGAUCUCAACAAUGGACCUCUGGCUGGCUACUGUAAUACGACAUCUCUAGCAAGCUGUGUGCUAGACCUUAGUGCAGAAUAUAUUCAGAAAAAAGAAAUCCAGUGCAGCUCUGCUAGUGUUGUGCUAGACUGUAUUCACAGCAAGAAGGCUGAUUGUGAGUUGGGAGGGAGGAAAGACUUUGUUGACACAUUAUCAUCACUCAAUAUAUCUGCUGAAGUUAAAGUGUGUCUCAUCCAGGAGGCUAACCAAACUUGUGACAUAGGACCCAUUAGCACCACAGCUAUUUUAAUCAACACUAAUGGUCUCGAAAUGUCUGAGGAUGACUUGUGCAACGCUGUCAAUGAAAGCAGAGGUCGUGUUGCACAAGCUGAGUCUUUCUGCCUGAAAGACAGUAUCCUAGAGUUCAAACAAACCCAGUGGGCACUUGAAGCAAUGAUUGGUUCUUUGAACUGUUCUGAGAAAUAUAACUUCACAAUCCAAGAUAACUGUAGACCCUUGGAUGCUUUGAAAUGUUUCACAUCAGUUUUAAAUUCAGAAAAUAUUCCUUUAGUUCAAGAUAUUUCUUGCAACUUAUUUAAUGAGACUACCCAGUGUGUGAAGGAAGCCAUCAAGAACUGUACAUCUGCUUGCCAGCUAGUUCAAGUCAACUCAAAGUUUGAAGUGUUUAAAUCAAUCUUUUCUCAAGUUUGUUCUACUGAUGUUAAAAUUAUAGAGAAGAAUGUUACAGAUUUAGAAAUAGCCACUUGUAUUAGCAAUUUUACAGAGUCUGUAGGGAAACAACAAAGUAAUCAUAGUACUUUCAGUUUCGAAACCAUAACUGAUGCCUUCAAUAAUUUGCGGUCCUGCUUCAUGGGGAUAGAAGUAGACAUUUUUGGUGAGACAUCUACAACUAAAUAUGUCAUUGAGAUCAUCUUGAACCUGGUGGAAAUUGUUUCUGACACAGAAAUGACUUUCCCGAUGAAUGUGACACCAAAAUGUGAGCAAAGCAUCAAUACUUUAAUGUAUGGCCAUGUGGAACGCAUAUUUACUCUUCCUUUCCUUUCUCUGUCACAACGUGAACAUGCUUGUGGUGAUUUUGAUGAUGAACAAGCUCAGCUAGCCGUGAGAACCAAUUGCACUAGCAACAUGACUUCAUCAUAUUAUGAGGUCUUAGACACAAUGAGAGAGAAAUUCAUUAUCAACUUCUGUCCUGAAAUAAAACCUGUACCCAGAUGUCUGAUAAGCAGAGCUGAGGAAUGCAUGGACAGAUUCACAGCUUAUUUGAAUCCAAAUUCAAGUGAUGGACUGUGCAGAGAAGCAAGGGAGACAAUCACAUGUGCUGUCGACUACUCACAAUUUUGCUCCUAUGAUGAGAUUAAAGAAUUCCACCGCAAAGCAAUUAUUAUUUCUGACAUAGUGUCACAAACUUGUUAUGAUGACACUGAACUAAUUACCAAAGUUCGUUGUCAACUUCUAGGACGCAUCGAUGUUCAGCCAGGAUGUUCAGAACUUACAUGUAACAAAGAUUUCAGUGAUUGCAGUGAGGCUGAAGAGCAAGCUGCUUGUCUAAUCAAGUCUGCUGGUUUGUGUACAAACCCCAAUUUAGACACCACUAUCAUUCAACAAGUAUCUAAAAUUGGUGAAUGCCGUUAUGGAGAACCAAACAGCACCAUUUCUUUGACAUCCUGCAGUCAAUUGCCAUUCAAAUGUGAUAUCAAUGAAGCCAAAAAAUGUUUAACAUCAGCUUUGACAGCUUCCACAGUCAACUAUGCCACUGUUAAACAGUGUUUUGAAGAAAACUUUUACUGCCUUGGCUCUACUUUAAGUCUAGUAGACUUUGAUCUGUCCAUUGUCCAAUUGUUCAAGAUCAUAAUUGAUGUCACCCCAGGAUGGGAGAAAUUGGAGAGUGAGGAGCUCAGACAGAUUCUUAGCAUACCAACUCAUAUCAUUGAUUUGUUUAAUAAGAGUUUAUCUGUCAGCCUUAAUUUGUGGGAUGUUUGCCAGCGACUGGACACCAUUGCUUUGUAUAUACAAGAUAUUCAGAGAAAAUUCACCAACAGUUUUUUCCCUGCUGCAAGCCAGUCUGUAACCAAGAUAUUGAAUGUCUUAAAUGAUUUUUGUGAUUCUGGUGAUGUUGAUCAGAAUCUUGAAUUUCCUGUGAUUGAAUCUUCAAGUUGUCCAUUUCUGCAAGUCAAUGCAGAAUUAAACUUGUUGGUGUCACGUUCCAUCUCAGAGUUUUACUCACCAUCUCAGUUGGCCAACAUUUCUUUGUGCAGGCUUCACUCUAGGCUGCAAGAAAAGUUGGAUUUUGAAUUAUCUGGAAGUUGCUCUGCUAGCUACACAGCUCAAAGUAAGUUUAUCUUAAAAAUUGCCCAAACAAUUCUUGGAGAUCGAUGUCAAGUAGAUCUAUCAGAGGAGGAUGUGCAAAAAAGAUGUGAUUUGAAAAUGGUGGAACAGUGUAUCCACACUUUAAACAAGAACAUCCAAGAUCUAGGCAAAAGUCAAACCAUUACUGGCCUAUGUCUAGUUCUAGAAAAGACAGAUUAUUGUGUUGAAAGAUUUAGUUACAAGUGUGAUAGAUGUGCACUGUCUAGAAUAAAUGCAAUGUACAAGUCUGUUAAAGAGUCUGCUGCAGAGAAGUGCACUGUGGCUGAACCAGAGCCAGUCUCAUGCCAAGAGAAUGACCCAGAAGAUACAUCAGCUAAAUGUGAUGUUAAAAAAGCUGCAAAGUGUGCUUUCAACCAAAUGAAAGAAACAUUCAAAAUAUUUAAGAAAAACAAAGACAAGUGCAAAAAACUGAGUGAAAAUUUGGACUGUGUACAGAAAUAUACUGCCAACUGUAACUCCUGGAUUAUACCAAAACUAGCUCUUUUAGACUCAAAGAUUGUUGGAGGUCUACAAAGAAAGUAUGGCUGUGAAGUGGAGCAGAAAGAUGAAGUCAACUUUGGGUGUCGUCCUGGUUGCUGGGUGAAUGAAGCCAACAAGUGUUUUGAUCUCUUCUACAAGCAUGUUCCCAAGUCCCAAGUGGUCAAUGUCAAAAGAGACACAUGCCAGUACAUCAACACUUUGAGGUCUUGCAUUUCUUACAACACUACAAACUGUAACAAGGAAGAAUCCAAACAGAUAUCACUCAAGCUGAGCACAGUUCUUGACAGACUACCUGGCCAUGAAGAUCUUUGUAUAGAUCUUCCAAAAUGUGCCCAAGACUUUGAUAGGCUAGUUAGGCUCCUAAAUGAUCUUAAGCCAGAACUGAAUGUCUCAGACAGUGGCACAGUUCAAUCGGAGGAUCUCAACAAUGAGAGUGACAAUGAUGAUGAGGAUACUUCCCCAGCCAGUGAAGAGAGUCAGGAACCUGACACAGAAGAUGAUAGUCCAUUCAAUCUAAAUACUGUUUGUGUUCAGGCAAAAGCUGCUUGGGGAUGUCUACAGAAGGGAAUUAAGAAUUUGCCCAAAGGAAAAAAGAAAGUGCUUACGUCUAUCUAUGGAAGACUGUGGGACUUUGUGACAGACAAAUGUGAUGAUACCAGAGAGUUUUCUUGUUAUUCUUGCAAAAAUGUCAUGAGCUCUGAAGAAUGCACAGCAGACAUUGAAACCUGCCCCAUGAACAAAAGGGCAUGCAUGUUUAAGCAAAUCUUAACUGGUAAAGGCAUCAAGUACUCAGCAGGUUGUAUCCCCAUUAGUGCCUGUAAAAGUAAAGUAGCUGGAAACGAACGUACGUCUUGCUGUACAAGUGAUCGUUGUAACACCAUUAGUCAAAGCAGCACACCAGCAGUACAAGAGCCUGUACAGUGCCGCCAGGAUUAUGCUUUGGGCUGUGCUUUAGAUUUUGUUAGUGAAUACUUGAGUUCAGAGACUAUUAAAUGCAAUCAAGUUUCUGCUUAUCUUGGUUGCAUCCAGAAAUACAGUAGCAGCUGUUCAAGGGGAAGCAAGCUAGCUGCAACAUCUGUGGAGAUUCAUCUGUACUUUGCCAAUACAGAAUGUGUUUUAGAUGCCCCUGCCGACUGCUAUUCAUUAGCAAUUACCUCAUUGCAAAGUGUCUUGUCAAAUUCUUACUUUAUUCAAGGAAACUCACCUUGCUUAUCAAUGAAUGAAACUGCAAACAGUGUGACAAAAAUUUUAGCAUCUGAAAAGUGCACAGAGGCAGGAAAAAUCAGCCUACAACAAUCUUUUGACUUCUUACGUUCAGUGGUUCAGCCUUAUUGUAGCCAAGGGCAAUGUUCUGACAGUAGUGCAGAUGAUGAUUCGAAUGAUGAUGCUAGUUGCUCUGGGAUCUUCAGUGGUAUAAAACAUAUUUACAAAGGUUAUGAUCAACUAGUUAAAGGAAGUGAGAAAAUGAACUGUGGUGAGUGUGCUACUAGUGCUUUGAAAGCCCGCAAAGCCUUAAAGAAUUGUGAUAUUGCAAAGUUUGUCUCCAAUAAACUUGAUGAAUUGGAUACUGGAAUUCAGAAAAAUUGUCACAUCAAGUCACAAAUUGAACUUCCUCAGGUUUGUAAAACACUUUGUCAAGAAGAGAAGAUUAUAACUUUUGUUGAUAACAUUGCCAGAAAUAUAAGUUCAAGCACAAAGAGAGAUCUUCAAUGUUGGUACUUGGCACAAGUAGCUGAAGCAUACCAGGCCUACACUUCUGGCUGUAGCUCAAUCCAACAGAGAGAUGUUGUCAACUACAUUAACUAUGUUUUUGAAGAGUACAUCAGUGACUGCGAACAUAACUAUGUUGAGUUUCAGUUUGAGCUUGUGCUGAAUGUCGACAUAUAUAUCAGCAUAGCCAAGAGUCAAUUGGAUUUUCAACAAGCCAUACAAAUAGCUUUCCAGGAAAAUUCUCAAGAGAAAACAUGUGCAGCUAUUAGCAACCUUCGAAAUAGUAAUUGGAAUGUUCCAGUCAUGAUCAUGGAUUUCUUAGUUGGACCAGCAAAGCAGAUAAUUGAGGCUCUUGAUGCUGCAAAGAUCUGCAGCAAUAUUGGUAAUGAACGCACCAAGAGAGAUAGCCCAGUGUGCCAACUAGACAAACUAGCUUCAUUAAUUUAUCAUAUAAGCAGUCCUCCACAUAUUGCCUCUGCUCCAGUGGAAUGUAGAAAUAAAUACUGUCAACAGAUGGAGUCAGUAUUUGACCAGGCGGAUUCAUUAGUUCAAGAAUGUGGUGAUGCCUUGUCUUUGUUUCAGAAAACUUUGUUUAAAAUUUUCCAAGAAAACUACAAUAGUGUGAAGAAUCUACUUUGUCCUGCCUUGCACUAUGAAGAAGAACAGUGUGACCUGAAUUUGACAUUGGCUUGUAGGAAAGAUUUUGAGUCAGUUUCACAGUUUGCCAUGAUUGAUUCAGAUGUUUUAUGUAGGCUUGGAAAGUUUACUUUGGAAUGCACUGCACGUUUCACAAAAAAUUGUUCUUCUGUCAGUGACAUCCAAAAGGCAGAAAAAAUUCAGUUAGAAACAAAAAUACUUGUCAAGCAGGCUGUGGGCAACAAUUGUUCUCUUCUGACUCCAUAUUUCUAUUGCAAUGAAUCUUUAUCUGUGCUGGAACCAGCAUGUAGGGAGGAAGAAGCUAAGAAAUGUAUGGCUCUGUCUGACUUUGACUUUACUAAGACUGAUAAUGUUUCCUGUCAAUAUUUACAGAACAAUGUCUCCUGUGUCCAGAAAGCUAUGAGUGGUUGUCAGGCCAAUCAGAUUAAAACCCUGGGUUGGUCCAGUAAAGUGGUUGCAGGUGUUUGUAAUAUUGCUGAUGCCACAUUGAACAACGUCUGUGUUUCUACUCCAUUGUGCCCUUCCAAAUCUAUUGCUGAAUGUUUCAGUACUAGCCCAAACAACUGCUCGUCUUUACAGAAAGCUGUGACGUGUGUUAACACACUAUUGGCUGCCAACAAACAGUGCUCAGAAUCUUGGGGAACUUUCAUUGUGCGCAACUAUGUAUCAGUCUACUAUGAAAGGCUGUAUCAGAAGUGUAACUUGAACAGUGAUGUAACUGUCCCACAGUUUUACAACUCUUCCUGUCUAGUGACUUUGGUCAAGGAUGUCAAUGUUGCACUAGUUACUAAAUAUAGAACCAAAGAUCAAAUGUUUUCUUAUUUUGUGUCAAGGUUUAUCAAUUGCUUGCAGUCAAAGGAAAAUAUAAGCCCCAUCAUAACCAUGCUUCUUGACUUGAAUGUGCAACUGAAUCAUACAGUCAUUUAUGAUGUUUCCCUGACAUAUAACAGUACUACAGAUCAACAGUUUAUAGAUACAGACACCUGCUACUAUUCUCAAGCAAGAGCUUGUCUCACUAAACAGAUUCUCAGAGUUACAACUGUAAAGCUGCUUAAUGGGGAUGAAAGAAAUGAACUCUGCGACUCUUACAGUCAAAGUACUGUAUCAUUAUGUAUUGAGCAAGCUCUAAGCAAAUGUGGUGCUGAUAAAAGUGUAUUUUUAGGAGUUAAUACACUAGUAGAUGUUUGGAUUGAAAACCUUGAGAUUUGUGACCCACCAAAACUGUGUAUUGUUUCUGAGGCAAGUGAACUAGUCAAUAAGCUUGCUGCUGCCAUGGCCAGUUUUGAUCGAACCAAUGACAAGGAUUCUCUUUGCGAAGCAAGACUUCGAUACAAGGAACGACUUGAUUCAUAUUUGUUUACAUGUGCUGAGGCUGAGACAGUAUCAGCCAAACAGGAUUUCAUGGUCUUAUAUACUAAAGUUGAAUCUAUAUGUAAAGACAUUGAGACACCAUCACUGAUCUGUCCACAAAUACCAGAGAGAAACCGUGUGUGCUACUUUGGCAAUGCCUUCCGUUGUAUAGCUCGCUGGAACAGCAAUACUAUUCUCACUGGUGAUUCACUGAUUUGGCGACAACAGUGCCUUGCCAUUCAGUCUGUGAUGGUGUGUGUGGCUACCAACACUACUUCUUGUGAUUCAGAAAGCUCAGAUGUCAAAGCCAUAAGAGAGUCCUUGGAUGAAUUCAGGCAGGCUGCUGACACCCAGUGUCCUUGGCUUUCAGAUGACCUGUGCACCAAACAGGAGAUCUGCAGUGUUGUUACUGCUGGCUGUGAAGUGGAGUUGGAGAAUGGACUCAUCAACAGAGCUAAGACUGUCUGCGAAUUAAAGAAAGAGGCUGAUGAUUGUGUGGCUAAAAAUACAGUUAAUUGCAAUCGUGCACAGAAACAUCAGGCUGUAACAGUGAUAGCUAAAAAGCUUCAAGCGGCUGGCUUUCCAACAGACUUGUCUUGUGAUAACAAUAGCUAUGAUGGAUGCCUUUAUUCUUUCAUGUCAGUGGGGAAUGACAUUUAUAUUGAAAAACAGAAAAAUGAGUCUUGUCAAAUAUUGUACUCACAGUAUCAAUGUAUCUCUACAAGAUUCUCGAAUCCAAACAACUCUGCAUUGGUUGCUUUGGGUAGACAACUGCUGAGUGAAGUUUACAGACUCUUAAAUGCUUCUUACUGUACAGAACCCAAUACAUUGAGCUGUACCAAGAAACUGCCUAUGCAAAAAUUGUCUGUCCUAAUUACACAGUUACUGUUUACUGAAGAUCUUCAUAGCACAUCAUUUUGCGCAAAAAGUUUGGAUAUAAUCCAGGAGCUGAAGUUGACAAACUGCUACACCGGGCUGUAUGAGAUCAUUCAGAAUUCUACUGCAUUCCAGCAGAGAUGUGUUAGUGAGUCAGUCAGCUGUUCUGAUGCUGAAGCAAAGAUCCAAGAAUGUAUUAAAGGUUUUUCAAGUUCCUCUUGUUUUGACAAUCAAGCAGCUCUAUGUAUCACCAAAAAUCUGCCUGCUAACUGUACCUUUAAAUCUGAAUGGAUCUCACAAAGUCUUUGCAAUGACACAGUUGUUUUAGUGAAUGCUGGCCAACAGAACUCAAAGAAUUUUAUCUCUGAAUCUGGACUCUAUACAACUUUCAAGUGGAAGUGGGUGGCUGGAAGCCGUAAUUUCAAAGUCCUAAUGACAGCUCAAGCUGUAAACAGCAGUGCGCUACCCAGGUGUUUAGAAGGAUCCCAAACCGAUGAGCCCAUACCUCAAAUCUACACUGAGAGGAAUCCUAAAGUUCUGGCUAAUGAGAGCAAUGAAAUAAUUUUCAACAUCUAUGCUCGUCAAGAUUAUAUCAAAGAUGGACCAGUCUCAAUAGACACCAUUUUCAAAUUGAUACCAUGUAGAGUCGAGAAUGGAACUCUUCAAGAAAUAAAGACAGCUUCUUUUAAACUUGCAACUUUCAGAGUUGAAGUUGACGACAGAGAUGUGAAAAUAUCUUUGUGUACAGUCAUCAAUGAUCCUCAUGUUAAGACGUUUGAUAACUUUAAAUACAAUAACAUGGAAGAAGGAAAAUACAUCAUAUACAGACACCCACUAUUUCCAGUAGCUGUUAUUGCUGAGUUUCGUCGUUGUGCUAAAUAUGGUUCAUGCACUUGUGGUAUGGAAAUAAAAGUAGGGCUCAGUACAUUGACCCUAUCCAAAUGUAGGUUUGCACCAUUUAUAACCUAUGACACACCUCCAGGAAUGAGUACAGACAAGCAAAGAUUACGUUUAUUUCAAAAUAAAGAUCAAAAUACAUAUGUUAUAGUUCUCUUGGAUACUGGUGCGAUGGUGAAAAUAACUAAUCAAGAUACUUUCAUGAAUGUCAUUAUUAUGGGAUCAAGGAAUUACUUUGGCUAUUCUCAAGGUCAGUGUGGAGAUGGUGAUGGUAAUGGCUACAAUGAUUUAAGAAUGCCAAACUCUAGUCUGUACAAAGUGAUGGAUACUGACUAUCAGUUUAAUGUUAUGAGUCCAACAUUGUACAACCAAGCAUGGUUCAUCUCCAAUUCCUCCAACCUAUCCAGUGUUUAUGGACCAGAUGUUGAUAUGUCCUACACAAAAGAACAUUAUUACUGCUAUGGCUGGGAAAAUAACUUGUGUUCCACAUAUGGUCAUAUAGAGACUUGUAGUUUCAUUCAAGGUGAAGACCAAACUAGUCAAGUUCUUGAGAUGCAGAGCCAAGUUCAAAGCAGUGGUGGAAGUAAGAGAAGAAAGAGACAAGCUGAAGCUGAAAUACCCAAAGAGACCACAGCUAUAAACUCUACUCAAACAGCUGGAUGGCCAACAUCUACUGGCUGGACUUUGGAGAAUGCUACUUUAUACUGCUUAGAUAACUUAUUCAACAAACCCCUGCAGGCUUGUAAAGAUGCUAUCUCAGCUAUUGAUGCAACUCUGAAAUCUAUGAGCUUUGAUGACCCAGUUGCUAUUUGUGUUGAUGAUAUCAGGGUGUCAGGUGGAACAGAAUGGGUAGAAGCUGCCCGUCAGGCUGCCUCUCAGCUGUGUAUCAUUGAACUGAAUCAUAAUCCAGAGUAUCAGAACCAAAAACAGUCUAAUGAUCUGGCAUUGACAUUCUUAAACUUGACUUGCUUGCCUUAUGAUUGUAAUAACCAUGGAACUUGUAACAAAGGUCAAUGUAUCUGUAACACUGGUUACUUUGGAGUAGACUGUAACAUGACAAUGGAUCAACUUGUGCCACCAGUACUUGAAGUGUUUGAAGACAAUCUGCAUAUAUGUGAAAUAUCUGACUCGACAGAUUGCUCUGCUGUUUAUCUAACUGGCAGUGGGUUCAUCAGUUCAGCUUUACUUUCAUGCCAUGUUAAAGAAUCUGUUGAAGGUGCAACACUGACAUCAGUUGUAAGUGCUAACUUACUCAGCAAAGAUCUUGUACGUUGCAAUCUAGGUACCAAGAGUGCAAUUAAAAGAUUACUGCAAAUAUCUGUAAGCAAUGACGGCAGGAGACCAGAUCCACAUUAUCAAAACUUCCUUGCAUUUGACCCAAUGUGCUAUUCAUGCAAUAAAUUAACUUGCAAGAAGAAUACAAAUGUUUGUUUCAUUGGCACCAAAUGUAUAGGAGAAGGAGAACAAUCUGUUUACAAUGAAUGUGAAUACUGUGACCUAAGUAAUCCAAACAAAUGGUCAAUUUACAAAGAUGUGGCAGGCUGCAAAGAGGAGACAGUUAGCAAGAAAGACAAUGAAACUUCUGUGGUGGCUACAGCUCUUAUAGCUGCUGGUGUGACAUUAGUGGUGCUUUUAAUUAUCUUGGUUGGAGCCCUGUUUAUAUAUGUUAAAAGAAGAAUGGCAGCUAGAAAACGUGAAUCUGCUGCAAUGCACAGAUAUCACAAUCAGGCAUACCAAGAAAAUCCACCAUUUUAUGGACAACCCAUUUUGGCUCAUAACACAAAGGCAGACAUAGCUGGACUUCUACGACCAAAUGCUACUAAUUCAGCUUAAGGUGUAUGCCAUAACACCUUAUUAUACAUUUAAUUUUGCUUUCUAGUUAAACUUUUAUUGUUGAAUUGUUUUUAUUAUUUGAAAAACAUGUCGAAAGUAAUCUUGAAUAUUUUAUGUUUUUGUUGGUUAAAAUAAUGGCAUUGAUUUUUUUAUUUCAUUCUUACAGUCUGUAAAGAAAUAUUAACUGAGAAGUUUCAAUGCUAUUUACUUUACUUAAAGUACUUGUAAACAUUUUUUUUUAAAUUUAUGAAUCCAUUUUAAACCAUGGCCAAUCUACUGGUAAGCGUUUUUAAAAUGUUAAAAAGACUAUUAUUUGUUUGAUAUGACUUUGUCAAAUUAUUUUAUAUGAAAAAAAGUCAUAUUUGUUACGACUCUAAGUUAUGCUUGUAUUAUAUGUAUUUUCAAAUUUCUAGUUAACUUAAACAAAUAAAUCUAAAUGCAUUCA